AUGACUCGCAGAAGGGUUUCUUGUCCACAAGUUACCCAGCAGCUAUGGGAUGCCAUUAAAAAUAUAAGGGGCCAAAGGCAAGUUCCUACAGCUGAAAGAAUUCAAAAAUUUAUGCUUAAGGAAUUUGGUGUUAGUGAAGAAGAAGUCACCAGGCAGUUAAACCAUUGUGUUAGAGAUGGCUUAAUUGAGAUAACAAAGAGAACUAUAAGUAAAGGGAAUUAUAUAGGUUCGGAACAAGAAGGUUACAAAUUGCCUUUACUCAGUUUGAAGCCAGAUGAUUUUGAUUGGUAUUGUUUUGACUGUCAUAGAGCUGGAGAUGUAAUAUGCUGUUCCAGACCUAACUGCCUUAGAGUUUAUCAUCUUGCUUGCAUUUCAUCAACUGAUCUUCCUGAGGGAGCUUUUGUAUGCCAUGUUUGUAAGAUGUGCGAAGUAACUCCAGAUAAAUUUCAAAUGAAAAAAUCAAAAUUAAACAGACUGUUGGGUUAUACACUUCAAAAAUUAAAAUCAAAAUAUCCACUUACAUUAAAAGAUCAAAGGCUUCCACCUCCGAAUAAAAAUGUUUUAGCUGGCUCAGAUAUGAAUCUCACUCUUAUGGAAGACAAAAUCGACCAACACAGAUACAAACUCUUGGAAGAGUUUCAUGUAGAUGCACUUAAUAUUGUUCACAAUAUGGUCAUUUAUAAUGGAGUCGACAGUGCUGUUGCUGAUAUUGCAAGGCAAAUGCUUAGAGACUGCAUUCAAGACUUGCAGGAAAUAAAGCAAUGUGUGGAUUGUUAUAAGCAAAGCCACGGGGAUAAAAAAAAAUUAUGGUUUUGCAAGCCAUGUAGAAAGCCACACGAAUUAGUUUAUGCAAAACAAUUUGGAUUUCCUUAUUGGCCUGCAAAAGUAAUCAAAGUCGAAGACGAUCAAUAUGAUGUUCGGUUUUUCGGUGCCCAACAUUUGAGAGCCAUGAUUCCAAAAGCUCAUAUUAGACCCAUUUCAGUCAACAUUCACACGCUUCAAGGAAAAAGAUCAUCAGCUUGGAACAAAGCUUGCGAAGAAUUGAAAAGACAUCAAGAACUUCUUGAAAAAGCUAGGAUAGCCACAAACAACUUUACGAAAUUUGUAGAAUCGAGUUCGAGUUCCGAUUCGGAUUCCGACAUGGCUUCCGCCAAAGAUACCCGACACGGGAAAUCGAAAGAGGCUUCCGAUAGCAACGAUAUUGAAAGUUCGGCGAGAGAAAAAAAACAAUUUACUAGAAGCACGUCGAAGAAAGAAACGUCGACGAGUCCGGAAAACGAUUUUAAAGUUAGUACAAAGGGGAAAAAUAAAGACGGCGGAAAAAUCGGACAGAGAGCGAGUCAAAGAGUCAUGAAUAAAAGUGAGGAAACGAUCGUGUCGAGUUCGUCGCAGGAACCGAUAACGCGAUCCGUUUCCGUUCAAACGAGUCGAGCGGAAGUGACCGCGGAAGAAUCUCAAGAAUUGGUACAAAAAGCGGAAAGGAUCGCGGAAUUGGAAAAAGAAUUGCAGGUUCAAUUGAACGCGAGCAAAAUGCUCGAAGUCGAAUUGAACAAGACGAGAGUGAUUUUGGAAAGGAUGAGGAGCGAUCACGAGGAUGAAUUGUCCGAGAUAAACAACAAACACGUCAUGAAUAUAUCGGAAAUAAAAAAGAAACAAUGGUGUUACAACUGUGAGACUGAAGCAAUAUACCACUGCUGUUGGAAUACUGCUUACUGCAGCGUCGAAUGUCAGCAAGCACAUUGGCAAUCCGAACAUAAAAGAGUUUGCAGGAGGAAAAGAUAA